AUGGUUGCGAAGGAAUUGGAUUACAUCAGAUCUAGGGAAAUUGCGUCCGGUUCGUCCGACGAAAAAAACGGUGGUGUUUACAUUGAUGCCUUUGACGCACAAGACUCGAAACCUCCCUUAACGGGAUUCGCCAAAUGGAAAGACGGUUUCAAAAGAGCCGAUACUGACGAAAUGGGUCUCGAUCCAAACUUGUCGGAAGCGGAAAAGAUUGCCAUUUUGACUGCAAAUUCACCCUUGUCUCGUUCCUUGAAACAGAGACACCUUACCAUGAUUGCCAUUGGUGGAUCAAUUGUACGUACCAAACAACCAGUUUCAAAACAUCAACAGUUUGCAAUUUCUUUUUACUAACAUUAGUGAUUUUUUUUAGGGUACAGGUUUGUUUGUUGGUUCGGGAAGUUCACUUCAUACUGGUGGUCCCGCAGGUUUGUUGAUUGCGUACAUUUUGAUUGGUACCAUGAUUUACUGUACUGUUCACUCGUUGGGUGAACUCGCCGUUACUUUCCCCGUGUCCGGAGCUUUCGUCACUUACAACACCAGAUUCAUUGACCCAUCAUGGGGUUUCGCCAUGGCGUGGAACUAUGCGAUGCAAUGGCUCGUGGUUCUACCACUAGAGUUGGUGGCUGCGGCAGUGACAAUCAAGUACUGGGACACCACAACAAAUUCAGCCGCGUUUGUCGUGAUAUUCUAUGUGCUUAUUAUCGCAAUUAACAUGUUUGGUGUGAGAGGUUAUGGUGAAUCGGAGUUUAUUUUCAGUAUUAUCAAGGUCACCGCUGUUUUAGGUUUUAUGAUUUUGGGUAUAGUAUUGGCUGCUGGUGGAACUGGAAAGGGAUACAUUGGAGGCAAGUACUGGCAACACCCAGGUGCCUUUGCCAACGGGGUGAAAGGUGUCAUUACUGUCUUUGUUGGUGCUGCUUUCGCGUUUGCCGGUACUGAGUUAGUCGGUUUAGCAGCUGCCGAGUCCACAAAUCCACGAAAAUCCUUACCUUCCGCUUGUCGUCAAGUUUUCUGGAGAAUCACCUUGUUCUACGUCAUUUCAUUGACGCUUAUCGGGUUGUUGGUUCCGUACAACGAGGAGAGAUUAUUCAACGCUGAAAACACCGCUAGUGCCUCACCUUUCGUCAUUGCCAUCAAAAACGGGGGAAUCAAAGGUUUGCCAUCUGUGAUGAACGUGGUUAUCAUGAUUGCAGUCAUCUCCGUCGGUAACUCUUCCGUGUUUGGCUCGUCAAGAACACUCGCCGCUUUAGCCGCAUCAAACCAAGCUCCAAAGAUUUUCGGUUACAUUGACAAAGAAGGUCGUCCAUUGGUGGGAAUCAUCUUCCAACUCGUAAUCGGUGCCUUGUGUUUCCUUGCAGCCUCACCAAAACAAAACUUGGUGUUCAACUGGUUAUUGGCCCUCUCGGGUUUAUCAUCCAUUUUCACCUGGGGCUCCAUCAACUUGUGCCACAUUAGGUUCAGAAGAGCAUUGAAAGUGCAAGGCAGAGAUACCUCCGAGUUGGCAUUCACUUCUCAGCCUGGUGUCCUUGGUGCUUAUUGGGGUGCAGGAUUGAACUUGGCCGUCUUGGGCCUCCAAGUCUGGAUCGCCAUCUUCCCCUUGGGUGAAAAGCCAAGUGCCGAAGCUUUCUUUAUGAACUUGUUGACUGUUCCAGUUGUCAUUGUCUUUUACGUUGGUCACAAGUUGUGGACUAGAAACUGGAGAAUUUUCUACAGAGCCAACGAGAUUGACAUUGACACUGGUAGAGCCGACUUGGACUUGGAGUUGUUGAAACAGGAACUCGCCGAGGAGAGGGAGUACAUGGCUGCUCAGCCAUUCUACAAAAGAUGGUGGAGUGUCUGGUGUUGA